GUGUGUUUUAGUGUUACAUUAAUUUUUAAUUAAUGUUAGGUACAACAACAUAAGUAUCAUUGAUGGUUUUUAGUUAAUUGUUAGUGCUUGGCCAGUAAAUCCCUUUAAUUAUGGAUAAACCGGGAUCAAAAAUGGAUGAAGCAAUUAUAAAUAGAAUGAAACAUUUUGAGACGUUUUAUGAGCAAGCUCCUCCAGGAAUGGUGAAGGAGAGAGAAGAAGCUCCCGAAGAAUGUAUUCCUGACACAGAUGGUAAUCGUGAGGCGCGUGAGUUUUUAGCUAAUGCUCCGAAAAAGGGAUUAUGGAUGCCGCUGGGAAAAGAAGUAAAAGUAAUGCAGUGUUGGAGGUGCAAGAACUAUGGUCACAGGACUGGGGAUAGGGAGUGCCCAUUGUUUCAGUCUGGAAAUGCUGAAAUUGAAAAGUUUCGAGCCGCUCAUGAAGAUCCAAUGCAUGGGAUGUUGGAUAACAAAGCGAAGGCCGAGCAGGAAAACAAACUUCGCUUCUUGCAACAGAUGCUGGAAGGAUCAACCUCUGAUGAAGAUUCUUCUUCCAAAGAAGAAAGCCCUAAGAGGAAAAAGAAGAAGACGAAAAAGAAAAAAGAAAAAUGGGUUGAAAAAGAGACUUUAGACAAAUCAUCUUCGAGUAAAAAAAAGAAAAAAAAAGACAAAGAGAAAAUCUCGUCAAAUAAACAUAAGCGAAAUGCAGAUAAAAGUUCAUCGGAUGAUGAAUGUAGAAACAAAAAUCAUAAAUCUAAAAAACAUAAAAGUGAUAAAACACACAAGAAAAAGCACAAAGCAAAAUAAAAAUACUUUGCUGUAUUGUUACUGUUUGUACAGUGUAUGCAAUGAUAUUAUUAGAUAACGAAUUAUUUUAUUAUCAAUUUCUCGAUUUACCCAAACCAAAACAUAAAAAAAGUGAAUUGAUUUUUGUUUGGUUUUGAAGUGCUAUUAGGAUCUUGUACACGAAGCUGAUCUAUAUAUAGUAUUAAGUUACUAUCUACAAACCAGGUAUAAGAAUCAUUUCAAUGAACUGUUUUGCCUUUCUGUCAUUUUAAAUAUUUUUAUAUAUUUAUUGCAAAG